GCACUCUCCGCUCCCUCAGUCCCGCGGCGGCCACACUUUCACUUUCGAGCAGGUCCCGUGUCACUUUCGGGUUGGUGACGUGUUUUCCAGGAACCCGGCCUAUAAAGGAGCCUUGCUGGAGGCCUCCGCGGACCGAGCACCGGCGCACCGCGGCCAUGGCGAGCGAUGGGGAUGCCCCGAAGCUGCGGUUCGUGCCCUGGCUGCUGAGCGCAGUGACCAGUGGGAUUUACCAGGGGCUCUGCUGGACCGACCUGCACCGCGGUGCCUUCCGCGUCCCCUGGAAGCACAACUCCAGGAAGGAUGUCACCAACAGCGACCGGGAGAUCUUCAAGGCCUGGGCAAGGGUGAGCGGGCGGUAUGAGGAGUUCCAUGAGAACCCGGUCAAAUGGAAGACCAACUUCCGCUGUGCCCUGAGGAGCACCCGAAUGUUUGUGGAGCUGGAGGACCACUCCAGGUGUUGUGAUGACCCACACAAGGUGUUUGCCAUUAACCCAGACUUCUGGCAUAGCAAGAUGGGAGAUUUCAGCAGCCCUGCGGCAGACCAGCAGCUGCUGCACCAGCAGUUGCAGCUGCAGUUCGACCCCCAAGACAUGGACCCAGAGAUUGCUCCCCCAGGCUGUGCUGACCCUCUACAGCCAUCAUCUCUGGAGGAGCUGCAGUUGGUGCUGCAGCAGUGUGGCAUCUCCCCCAGUGACCUUGGCCCCCCAACCCCAUCCUGGGCACCUGCAGGUGAUGCCCCCCAGCAGAACAUCCUGCUCCAGCCUCAUCCAGACCUCAGCCAAAACAACUGCCUCCAGCCUCCCCCUCUGCAGUGGGUGCCUCCAGUGGAGCAGCCCCCCCUGAGUGCCUGCAGCCCCCCAGACCCUAUGCUGCUGGAGCAGCAAGGAGCCAUGAGACUGCCAUGCCACCAGCCAGAGGUCCCGGUCCCUGUGCCAACCCCACAGGAAGUGAUGCUCCUCACUGCUGCCACUCCUGCCCCUGUGCCCCCGCCAGAGGAUAACACAAGUGUCUUCAUCCCCGACCUGGAUGUCAGCAUCUACUACCGGGGGAGGCUCGUCCACCACGAGGAGGUGUCAGGCAGCCGGUGCCUGCUGGUGUACCAGAGCUCCGACCCGGCAGUGGCCGAGCUCCCCGGCCGCCUGGUGCACUUCCCCAGCCCCGCCAGGCUGCCCGACAGGAAGCAGAUGGGGUUCACCGAGCAGCUGCUGUGCGGAGCGGGGCUGCUGCUGGAGCAUCGUGCCCACAAGCUCUUUGCCACCCGCCUCAAGCAGUGCAGGGUCUUCUGGGCCCUGUCCCGGCAGCUUGAGGGCAUUGGGGACCUCCCGCCCAACCCCCUUGUCCGGGACCAGGAAACCCCCAUCUUUGACUUCACCGAGUUCUGCACAGAGCUGAGGGAGUUCCGCACUGACAAAAGAAAGCAGUCCCCUGACUUCACCAUCUACCUUUGCUUUGGGCAGUCUCUGUCUGUGGCCAAGCCCAAAGAGUCCAAGCUCGUCCUGGUCAAGCUGGUGCCCAAGUUCUGUGAGUACUGGUACGAGCAGGUCCUGCGAGAGGGAGCGUCCUCCCUGGACAGCGGCACUGUCAGCCUGCAGCUCUCCGACUCCUUCAGCCUCUUCGAGCUCAUCGAGCAGUACAACAUACAGCUGGACUGACCCACCCGGGACAGGCAUCGGCCGGAGCCUGACGCAUCCGGGGCAGCACAAACCGGCAUCCCCCCUGGAAUACUGCAGUGGGAUGCUUAGGGUGGGGAACUUUCCUCCUCUGCAUCCUGCACCCCAAGGGUGGCUUCAGUGGCCAGUCCUGGAGCUGAAGGACACCUUGCUUUUCCCUUCCUUCAGCUGCUAACACGUAUGUUUGUGGAGGGUGGUCAUUUUCAGGUUUAUAUUCUUAACUUUU